AUGCCAGUCUCACUCCAAAGCAACAAGGCCAUCCUCACCCACCCCUCCGGUGCAUCCGCAGAAGUCUACCUCUACGGUGCCACCCUCACCUCCUGGAAGGUCGCUAACAAGGAGCGCAUCUUUGUUAGUGAAAAGGCCAUUCUGGACGGAUCCAAGGCCAUCCGCGGAGGAAUCCCACUCGUCUUCCCUGUGUUCGGCAAGGGCAAGGCUCCCCAUGUCACUGCUGCCCUUCCCCAGCAUGGCUUUGCAAGAAUCUCUCAGUGGAAGUUGCUCAUCUCUUCUGACGAUGCCAACACCGUCACCGCUGAGUUCGGCUUGGAUCACACCUUAAUCUCGGAGGAGAACCGCAAGUUGUGGCCUUUUGAUUUCUCGUUGGUUUACACUGUCAAGUUGGCUGCUGAGACGAUCGAGACCAAGCUUCGUGUCCACAACGUUGGCGACAAGUCCUUUGAUUUUAACACGCUCCUGCACACCUACUUCCUAAUUCCCGAUGCAUCGAAGGUCAAGGUUGUUGGAUUGAGCGGAGUUGACUAUGUUGACAAGGUCUUGGCGACUACGGUGCAUCAGGAGGGCGAUAUUGUUCUCGAGGGAGAGGUCGACAGCGUCUAUGCCAAUGUCAAGUCUGACGUUCAGAUCCCAUAUGUUGCUGAGGAAGGAGGUGUUCAAGUGCAUCUGAAGGGAUUGAGCGAUGUUGUUGUCUGGAACCCCUGGGUUGGAAAGGCCGCCGCAAUGGCUGAUUUCGGAAAUGAUGAGUUCCGCAAGAUGAUCUGUGUUGAGGCUGGUCAGGUUGCCGAAUUCAUUGCCCUCGCUGCCGGUGGACAAGCAGCAAUGUCGGACAUGGAUAUCGACCACGACCCCCGCGAGGGGCAGAGAACGGUGGAGGCCGGACAGCCAGAAGGACAGAUCGAAAAGGACGAUCUGGACCACCUUUUUGACUUGGAUGACAGCGAGCUCGAUAAGGUUGACAAUCCAUGGAUGACGGGCGCUAAGCCUAUCAGUUCCAAUGCGGAUGGAGGAGAUAUCCAUCAGCAGCUCAUGCUCUACUACCGCCACUUCUUCCCCUUCAAGCCGUUUUUUCAGUGGCUCAACUACGACUCAAAGAUCUGCUGGACGCUCAUGGACGAGACAUUUAUCCGUUUCCAAUCAUACAGGACCCUAGAAGAAUUCAAAAACGACAUGAUCCGACUUAACCCUGCAAAGUUUGAUCUGGGCGCCAUCUACAACAUCCGACCCAAGGACAGACACAUGGUUCGCCCUGCGGCGUUUAUCCCGGUCGCGAAGGAGAUGGUCUUUGAUAUCGAUAUGACCGAUUACGACGAGAUUCGAACUUGUUGCAAGGGAGCAGAUGUGUGUAAUAAGUGCUGGGAGUUCAUGACGGUGGCUAUGAAGAUCAUUGAUGUGGCAAUGAAGGACGAUUUCGGAUUCAAGCAUAUCCUGUGGGUUUACUCGGGACGUCGUGGUAUCCAUUGCUGGAUUGCAGAUGAGCGUGCGAGAAAGCUGAAUAACGAUCAGCGCAAGGCUAUUGUGUCAUACUUGGAAGUCAUCAAGGGUGGUACGCAACAGGGGAGGAAAGUCAAGCUGCCUAAUACUCUUCAUCCGUCACUAAGCCGAUCAUUUGAAACGAUUCAGGAGCAUUUCCGUAACCUUGUGUUCGAGUCUCAGGAGAUCUUGUCGGAACCGGAGAACUGGGAAAAGAUCUUGACGCUUAUUCCGGACGAAGGUGUUCAGGCCCGGAUCAGACGGAGCUGGGAAGAUUCGCCAAACCGUGCACCUUCUCUGAAGUGGACCGAACUGUUGGAUAGUAUUGGUAACGAGAUCGCACAGCACUCGGCAAAGAGACAAGCAUUGGAGCAUCUCCCACGCGACAUCAUGUUCCAGUUCACAUAUCCUCGUCUGGAUGACAAAGUGUCUACCAACAUUAACCAUUUGCUCAAGAGCCCCUUCUGCGUCCAUCCCAAGACUGGGCGCGUGUGUGUACCGAUUCCAAUCGAGGAUUGCGAGGACUUUGACCCAUCGUCGCCACCCACAGUCCCACAACUCGUUCAGGAGUUGAACCAAUACGAUGCUACCCACCCUACCUCCGACGAUGACUCUAAUAGGCUUCAAGAUUGGCAGAAGACGUCACUUCGGAAGCAUGUGGAAUACUUUGAGCGGUUCCUGAAAGGGCUUUCUCAUGAGACGCGAGAGAACAAGCUGAAGGAUGGUGCCUCCUCCAAGUCGUUAGACUUUUAG